UCCCGCCCGCCCUCGCUCCCUCCCCUCUCCAGCACUGCAGCAUUCGCCGACUGCAGCUCCAGCCGCCGCCGCCCGAGCCUCCUCGGCCUUCCGCAGCCGCCACCGCCGCCAGCACCAUGGCCAGCACCCUUUCCGCUUACAAGGAGAAGAUGAAGGAACUGUCAGUGCUGUCGCUCAUCUGCUCCUGUUUCUACUCACAGCCGCACCCCAACACCAUCUACCAGUAUGGGGAUAUGGAGGUGAAGCAGCUGGACAAGAGGGCCUCUGGCCAGAGCUUCGAGGUCAUCCUCAAGUCCCCUUCUGACCUGUCCCCCGAGAGCCCAGUGCUCUCCUCUCCCCCCAAGAGGAAGGACACCUCCCUGGAGGAGCUGCAGAAGCGGCUGGAAGCAGCUGAGGAACGAAGGAAGACGCAGGAGGCGCAGGUGCUGAAGCAGCUGGCCGAGCGGCGCGAGCACGAGCGCGAGGUGCUGCACAAGGCGCUGGAGGAGAACAACAACUUCAGCCGCCAGGCCGAGGAGAAGCUCAACUACAAGAUGGAGCUCAGCAAGGAGAUCCGCGAGGCGCACCUGGCGGCGCUGCGCGAGCGCCUGCGCGAGAAGGAGCUGCACGCGGCCGAGGUACGCAGGAACAAGGAGCAGCGAGAGGAGAUGUCUGGCUAAGGGGCUGUGGGCCACCGGCGCCUGGAUCCUGAGAGGCGACAUCAGCACAUGCGGGCUCUGGUUUCGUCUUGUCCCACUUCGUCUAGAUGCAACUUUGGUCCCCGCACCCUCCCUCCCUCCCCUGCACCCCCAACUCCUGCUUCUCUUUCCGCUCCGAGCUGUCCAGUCCUGCGCAGGCUCUCCAUCAAGGAGCCACCACGGCGUGGCACACAGUCCCUCGGUUCAGGCACCAGGCCAGGCAGUGGCUGGGUCCCCCGUUGGUGGCCCUCUUAGAUGUGGUGACAGCCUCAAUAAAUCCCGUGGUGGUAGCAGGAA